AUGGAAAAGAUAUCACCACCAAAAGCUUCACGAAGACAAGGAAGUAAAGUUAUGAUUUCCUAUUGUCCAUGUCAAUAUGAUUUGGCUCAAAAGAUAACUGAAGGAUUGAUUGCUAAAGGUAUUCCAGCUGUUUGCCCACCAUUACGAAUGCAUGAGAUGAUUAAAAUAGCAGCUGAAGAAGCAAGAGUUGUUAUACCAUUAACGAGUGAAGCAUAUGAAGCAUCUAAUAUUUCGAAGUAUGUUCUUUCUUAUGUGGAUGAAGCUGGUAUUCCUAUAGUUCCCGUAAAGGCGCAAGAUCGUUAUUCUCAAAGUGGUUGGCUUGGUGUCAUUUGCGCUGGUGCAUUAUGGACGAGGAUAACGAAUGCAAAUGACAUUGAGAAAAGACUUGAUAAUCUUAUAGGACAAUUGCAUCCAUAUAUCAGCGAUACUUUAGAUGACGAGCAACGUCUUGCUGCUAUUGUUGAUGGUACUCUUAUUCAAGGUUAUUAUAUGCAAUGGGGAAAGAAGUUUGAUAUGAAGUUUGAUAUGUUUGCUAUGACAAAUGGAUAUAUUGCUGGUCAAGGAGAUGAUGAAAUCGGUGGCUUUGUGAUCAAUGGGAAAUAUACUUGUUUAUCAGAUAAAGAAGAUUUUGAAUUCCAGUUUAAAAAGCAUUAUAUCGGACAACACGAUGUUCAAUACUCUGGAACUACAACUCAUAAUGAAUCUCAAUUCUUCUUUGAUGGAAAAUGGUAUCUAAAUCAUUUAUCUGACAACUUCCAUUUAGAAGUUUCUCGUAAUCAAUCAUCAGGACCUAAAGGUUUGCAUAUCAUGUUAAGUUAUCAAUGGAAUAAUCAAGAGCUUGUUAAACGAGUAGCAGAUAUGCUCAAACAAAGGAAUAUUCCUAUUUGGUUUGAUAUUGCUGGAGAUAUGAAAGGAAAUAUCAAUUCUGCUAUGGCUUAUGGUGUUGAAGGUGCUGUGAUGGUUAUUAGUUUCGAUACUCUUGCUUAUAGCAAAAGCAUUAAUUGUCAAAAAGAACUUACAUAUGCUGUUCAAUUAAAGAAGAAUAUUGUUCCUAUUCUUCUUGAGAACGAGAACGGAUUCCAAAAUACAUGGUUAGGGAUGAUAAUAGCUUCCUUAAACGGAAUUAAUAUGCAAGAUGAUAGUCAAUUCAACUACGCUAUUGAUACUCUUGUACAACGGAUUAGUACAGCUCUUGAAGAGAAAAAAGAUGAAGAAUCUCAUCGAUCUCAAGUCAUUACAAGCUUAAGAGAAGGAAGAGUUUCAGGUCAAGGAAAUGAUAAAAUCGGACCUUUCACAAUGGCUGGAAAUUAUGAUAAUGAAGGAAAGGUUCAACCAGCGAAACCAAAAUCUAUUGAUUUUAUACAAAAAUUUGGUGCUCUAUCUUUUGGACGUUUAAUUAAUUUUUCAAAUACCGGUUCUCACUUUUUUAUUUGA